AUGCAGUCCACAAGUGUCACAGCCGCGUUGCAGGACGCGUUGGAGAAGGGCGAUAUUGUGGAGCUCGAGCAAGCCAUCACGGCCGCCGAGGACGCAAUCCACGUGUCCGCCUACGCCCGAAAGACGUCCUGCUCUCCCCUCGGCACUCUGAUUGCCCGAGCAAAGCAGAUGCACCACGUUCACAUGAAGGCGUGCAAGUCCUAUGUGGAGCCACUGCGAAAGGCGUGCAGGGAGCUGAGUGAGCGCGGCAUCUUCGAGGCCCUUGUCAAGGCGCGCGGUGCACCAGAUGAGGUACAGCUGUGCAUGUACACUGACUUGUGCAACGCGGAGUCGCUGCGUCGCGAAAUCACCGAGGCGCAGCGACUAGGCGUACGGCUGCUGGACUCGACAAGCGCACAGGAGGUGGACGACUUCUUGACGGAGUGCUCGCCCUUUCUCGAGGACCGCACCAUCUUGGCCCUUGUUCAGAAGCGCGAAGACCUCCUGCGCGAGGAGCGGCGGCGCAAGAUUGGGGGAGAGCCCACCACACCGCUGCGUGCGGGUGCCACUAACUGUGCGAGGAAUGCCGCCUGGCGUGACCACGACCCACUGGAGAGCCUCAGUCAUUUUGAACGGGAGAAAGAGGGCGCGUUGCCCGGCGCUGGACGCUAUAAACAGCUGAUGUACCGCAGCAGUAGCAAUGGCGGACGCGCUGGUCGUAAGGGGGUCUCGGAGGAAGUCGCCGGCUCUUCGGCUGGUGCUCGAGGAGCAUACCCAGCACUCUGCGAUGCCCUGGAGAAGGCUCAUGAUAGUGAUCUGGAGCGCACGAUUAUGGAGGGGUCCUCGCCGUGGAUGCAGACAAUCCGCGCGCUGCUUCAACAGGGCUGCGAGAAGGUGAUGUGCCAGGAGCACAGCACUCGCCGACAGCUUGAGAGCGCUGAGGAGGACGGACGUGCAGAGGUGUACCGGAGCGAGAUGCUUUCCCGUGUGCAGCGCUGGACGGUGGCAGCUGCGGUUUUUUCUGCGUUCCAUGGGGAAAAACAGGUUGUACCUAAAAGUGACAGUGAAAACGGUGUGACGCCAUGGAGGGCCUCCUCGUUCCAUACACGAGCCUCGCCUACGCUUUCUCGUGCACCCAUGCCGUUCACGCCCGCCCACGCCUCGCAGGCAGCGACAGAGGCGGCCCACCCAGCGAACCGACCGUUGCCGCCGGUAUACGCGAUGCACUCCCCCCCAGCGUACACUUUUCGCCCGGGAGAGCGGCAGCGGACCCCGACGCGUUCCUCAUGCGUUGACACUGAGGCGGCGGCGGAAGGACCCAUCCUUGGCAGCGCCGUUCACCACCGUGUUGUAGAAGAAUUGCACACGCCGCACAUGUUCCGUGACACGCCGAACAUAUCGCCCAUCAAGGAGAUCAGUACGGCAAGCGGUGCGGCAUCUUUGCCGGAGCAGGAUCAGGUUGAUCGCCGUAGCAGCACGAAGCCCGGGGGUGGAGAUAGGCCGGAACGCGGAACCCCUCGCGGAGGGGUCUCGGAAGACAGCGCCAGUGCGGCGGCUGCCACACUCGUCUGGUCGCCGAGGACAGCCGCCGUGUUACCGUCGCUAGAACUACGCCGCAUCCAGGCGCGACUUCGAGCGGCACUGCAGGAAGAGGACAUUCACCGCCGUGAUAUCGAAGGCACCGAAGACUUUGACCGCAGUGUGUUUCUGUUUCCGGUCUCUGCACGCAUUGCCCUGCUUCAACGCACAGAGGCUCAACGGCGGCGUACUUUUUGA